AUGACAGUGGAAACAGAUACGAGUUAUGAAGGCUUAGGUGCUUGCCUCUCUCAAGCUCACAAUAGUACCAUACGUGUCAUCGAAUAUGCAAGCAGAACGUUAAAAUACCCUGAAAAGCGCUAUCACAGCAAUGAGCUCGAGGUAACAGCAUUACACUGGGCAAUUACUGAAAAAUUCCGUUUAUAUAUAAUGAGUAAAUCUUUAUCAAAAAUAAAUCCUCAAAUCAUCCAAUGA